UAAUUUGAGGUUUAUAAGUGGUUACCAACAUCUUUAUAAUGACUUAUGCUCAUUGAUUAUUCCUACUUGGGUCUGUAACUCUGUUAAGCACCCGUAGGUUGUCCCAAAUCGCGUCGAAAAGUCCACAAAAUUAAACCAGUAAUAAUAUUGCAACAAUCUGGUCGUGUUGUACAGGCUUGCAAGUUAUAUACGUGCUUCCCAUCUCCAAAAGCUAGCUAGCUUACCAAAUUGAGGUUCGUUCUUUGUAUAAAACUAGAAGAUUCUUUCUCUAAGGUGAAGAAGAACUCACAUCUGAAUCAAUGGAGAGGCGAAAAUCAUCCAAGAAAGAUGAGGUCGAAGAGCAGUGCUUCUUCGAUCCAUAUCUGUUUAAGUUUCUUAACAGAAUUUCGGCCGUUUUUUGUUUGUUGUUUAUUCUUUUCAUAUGGUGUUCAUCCACUAUUAUUAUCUCUGGUUCAAUUUUUCAUGUUUGUGUAAGGUCUAGGAAAUUUAAUGACCCUUACUGUCUUUCUUUUGGUAGUCAAGGUCAACCCACAGCCAAGGUAGAUAUUAGGACUUCUUUGAUCAACAAUAGUUCUGAACUUCCUUCUGUUGUCCUUAACAACACACAAAAUACCCCUGUUUUUUCAUCCAUUAGCCCUUCCCCUGCUGCUGACAACCUCGAGAAUUCUGCUGCAGAAGAAGGGUUGUCGCUGUCGUUGUCGUUGUCGUUGUCAUCACCGCCAUUGACAAGCUUCUCUCCGUUUACAAAGCCUGUCUCCCUGAAGGGCACCAACAAGGCUGAGUUAGAGGAGACAGUGAGUUCUAGGAUGGCUGUGGAAGGGCAAAUAGCAAUCUUGAGAUCCUACAUAGCAAAGUCAAAGCCUACCACUUGUAAAGGAAGAGGGAUAUAUGUGUAUGAAUUGCCACCCAAGUUCAACAAGGAUUUGGUAGCAAAGUGCAAUGAGAUGAUGGCAUGGAUCGACUUCUGCAAAUACUUCACAAAUGAUGCAAUGGGGGCACCAAUACCAGAGUUGGGUAAAGGGUGGUAUAACAGCCACCAGUUUUCUUUAGAGCCAAUAUUCCACAACCGUAUUCUGAACCAUCCUUGCAGAGUUCUGAAACAAGAAGAUGCCAAGGUUUUCUAUGUCCCUUUCUAUGGCGCGAUAGAUAUGAUAAGGUGUCACUUUAGUAAAGACGGAAGUGGGUUAAAGGAUGCACAUCUUCUGUCUAAUGAAAUCGUUGAGUGGCUCGAGAAGCAGAAGAUGUGGAAGAGAAACUCAGGGUUAGACCAUGUGUUUGUUUUAGGGAAAAUCUCUUGGGAUUUUCGAAGGACACAGAAUGUUUCUUGGGGUAGCCCAUUAUUAGAGCUUGAGGAGCUUCAGAAUCCAAUGAAGCUUAUUAUUGAACGACAACCAUGGUCAAUCAAUGAAGUAGGACUUCCAUACCCAACCUACUUCCAUCCCAGUUCAGAUGAGGAGAUCAUAGCAUGGCAGGCUAACAUUAGAAAGAUGAACAGGAAGUUCUUCAUCAGCUUUGCUGGGACCCCACAUAAGCGUUGGGAGAACAUAAGAUCAAUCCUCAUUGAACAAUGCACUUCUGCACCUAACAAAGUCUGCAACUUUUUGAAUUGUAUAGGAGAAUCAUGUGUUGAAUCAGCACCUGUUGAGAAGCUUUUCAUGGCAUCAGAGUUUUGCCUUCAACCACCAGGGGAUAGUCCAACGAGAAAGUCCAUGUUUGAUUCUCUCAUUGCUGGUUGUAUCCCAGUUGUGUUUGAUCCAUUCACGGCACAUUACCAAUAUCCAUGGCAUUUUCCCGAGGAUUACAGGAAGUAUUCCGUGUUUAUAGACCAAGACGAGGUUAAGGUGUCAGGGGUCAAUGUGAUAGAGAGGCUUAUGAAGAUCCCUCGAAAAGAAAGGCAAGAAAUGAGGAAGUAUAUUAUUGAUGAGUUGAUGCCUAGGUUGGUUUAUGCAACUGCUAACGCCAAGUUGGAGAAAUUUGAAGAUGCAUUCACUUUAGCUGUGAAUAAUAUGCUUGAAAGGGCGAUUAGCAGAUUUCCUUGAUUAGGAAUCAAAGGGUUGUUUUUCUUCUUUUUAGAGAUUAAGCUAGAGAUUAUUAUAUUUUUUUUUUCCCUUUGCAUAGAGAAAAUGUUGUUAAUAGAAAGCCAUACAUUUAUUUACAAUAACACAAAUUUGCAAAGCAUAGAUGUAGAAUCAAAAACAAUGUUUGCAGUAACAAAAUUUUUUAUUUUUUUUAAGUAAGAUCCUGCACACUGCACACUGCACAGGCACAUGUACAACAACGUUAAAUCCAUAGCUACAGAUCUGUAAUUGAGGCAUCGAUCUCAUAUUUCAACAGAACUUGUUAUGUUAUGUCUGCUGCUAAUUGCUAUGCUGGAACCAUACAGUAUUCUGUAUUCUGUAUUCUGUAAAUUUGAGGUCAGA